AUGUCUUUUUCUGUCUUACUUUCUUUCUUUCAUCCAUUCUUUCAUUCUUUCUUUCUUUCUUUCUUUUUCCUUUCUUUCUGUUUCUUUCUUUCUUUUUUCUUCCUUUCUUUCUGUUUCUUUCUUUCAUUCAUUCUUUCUUUCUUUCAUCCAUUCUUUCUUUCUUUCUUUCUUUCUUUCUUUCGUUUUCUUUCUUUCUUUCUGUUUCUUUCUUUCGUUCUUUCUUUUUUCUUCCUUUCUUUCUGUUUCUUUCUUUCGUUCUUUCUUUUUUCUUCCUUUCUUUCUGUUUCUUUCUUUCUUUCUUUCUUUCUUUCUUUUUCCUUUCUUUCUGUUUCUUUCUUUCGUUCUUUCUUUUUUCUUCGUUUCUUUCUGUUUCUUUCUUUCAUUCAUUCUUUCUUUCUUUCUUUCAUCCUUUCUUUCUUUCUUUUCUUUCGUUUUCUUUCUUUUUCUUUCUUUUUUCUUACUUUCUUUCUGUUUCUUUCUUUCGUUCUUUCUUUCUGUUUCUUUCUUUCAUUCAUUCUUUCUUUCAUCCUUUCUUUCCUUUUUUUCUUUCGUUUUCUUUCUUUUUCUUUCUUUUUUCUUCCUUUCUUUCUGUUUCUUUCUUUCAUUCAUUCAUUCUUUCUUUUAUCCUUUCUUUCCUUCUUUUCUUUAUUUUUCUUUCCUUUUUUUUCUUUUCUUUCUGUUUCUUUCUUUCAUUCAUUCUUUCUUUCUUUCAUCCUUUCUUUUCCAUCUUUUCUUUCUUUCUUUCUUUCUUUCUUUUUCUUUCUUUUUUCUUCCUUUCUUUCUGUUUCUUUCUUUUUCUUCCUUUUUUUCUGUUUCUUUCUUUUUUUUCUUCCUUUCUUUCUGUUUCUUUCUUUCAUUCAUUCUUUCUUUUCUUUCUUUCUUUCUUUCUUUCUUUCAUUCUUUCCUUUCUUUCAUUCAUAUUACCAUAGUUUUGUUUACUUUUCUUCCUUCGAUUUGUUUACGUUUUCUCUUUUCGACUUCGUUUAUUUUUUCUUUUUACUUUUCUCUUCUUUUUUCUUACUUACGUUUUCUCUCGAAUUGUUUACAUUUUUCUUUUUUCCCUUCAACUUGUUUUUUCUUUUUCCCUUACAAUUUGUUAGACUUUUCUCUUUUUCGAGUUUUAUUUACUCUUUCCUCCUUCGACAUGUUUUUCUCUUUUAUUUCUGUUUGAUUUUUCUCUUUACUAUUUCGUAUACUUUUUCUUUUCUUUUUUGUUUAUGUUUUUCUCUUUCGAUUUAUUUACUUUUUCUCUUUCGAUUUAUUUACUUUUUCUCUUUCGAUUUAUUUACUUUUUCCCGUCAUUCCUAUCUGAUUUAUUUUCAUUUUUUCUUUCUUUCUGUUCGUCUUUUUUUAUUCUUUAACCAUUUCCUUCUUUCUUGUACAUUUAUAUCAUUUCUUUUCAAAGACAAAUCGUUUUUUCUCUUUAUAAGAGGGUGCUUUUUUUUUCUCUUUUUUUCUUUAGUCUUUCUUUUAUUUUAUUUUUCUGUCCAGGUUUCGUUGUCUUCUUCCUUUAUUUUUUUCUUUGUUUUCUUAAUUGCUCAAAAUAUCUAUCUAUCUAUCUAUCUAUCUAUCUAUCUAUCUAUCUAUCUUUCUUUCUUUCUUUCUUUUUUCUUUCUUUCCAAUUAUCUGUUCUUUUUCGUCUCUGUUCUCGUUUAUAUUUAUUUAUUUUCAUCCUUUUCUCUCUUUCAUUCUUUCUUUCUUUUUCUUGACAUCUUUCCAUCUGUGUUUUCCUCUGUGUUUCCCUCUCUCUUUUUAGUUUCCUCUUUUUUCUUCUUGUCUUUUAUAUUCAUCCAUCUUUGCCUCUUUCUUUCGUUUACAUUCUUUUGCGCUCCAUCACUUUUUCUUUCUAUCUUUUUGUUGACUUUCUUUCUUUUCUUUCUUUCUUUUUUCUUUUCACACUUCUGUUUUCCUUUUUUUCCCACCCUUGUUUUCUUUUUUCUUUCUUUUUUUUUUUCUUUCUUUUUUUCUGUUUUUUUUUUUCUUUUUUUCUUUCUUUUCUUUUCUUCUUUUUUUUUUUUUUUUUUUCAUUUUCUGUGUUCUUUUUUUUCUUUCUUUCUUUCUCAGGUUUUUCUUUCUUUUUUUUUCUUCAUUUUCUGUUUUUUUUUUUUCUCUUCUUUCUUUUUUUUUUCUUUUGAUUUCCCUUCUUUUUCAUUUUCCCUUUGUUUUCUUUCUUUCUUUCUUUCUUUCUUUCUUUCUUUUCACUUUGAUUCUUUCUUUCUUUCUUUCUUUCUUUCUUUCUUUCUUUCACACUUUCCUUUUUUCACCUUCUCUCCUUUCUUUUCUUUCUUUCUUUCUUUUUUUUUUCACCUUCUUUUUCCUUUUCUUUCUUUCUUUCUUUCCCACCUUCUCGUUUCCUUUUUCACCUUUCUCGCCUUUCUUUCUUUUUUCUUUCUUCCUUUUCACACUUCUGUUUCCUUUUUCACCCUUCUCGCCUUUCUUUCUUUCUUUCUUUCUUUCUUUCUUUCUUUUCUUUCUUUUUCCUUUUCACCUUUCCCUUUUCUUUCUUUUUUUUUCUUUUCACCUUCUGUUUUCCUUUUCACCCUUUCGCCUUUCUUUCUUUCUUUUCUUUUUUUCACUUCUUUUUUUUUUUUCUUUCUUUUCUUUUUUCUUUCUUUCUUUUUUUCUUUUCCCUUUUUUUCACCCUUUCUCUUUCUUUUUUCUUUCUUUCUUUCUUUUUUUUUCACACUUCUGUUUUCCUUUUUCUUUCGCCUUUCUUUCUUUCUUUCUUUUCACACUUCUGUUUUCCUUUUUUUUUUUCACCCUUCUCGCCUUUCUUUCUUUCUUUCUUUCUUUUCUUUCUUUUUUUUUUUCACCCUUUUUCGCCUUUUCUUUUUUCUUUUCCUUUCUUUCCUUUCUUUUCACUUUUUUUUUCCUUUCUUUCUUUCUUUCUUUCUUUCUUUCUUUCCUUUUUCUUUCUUUCUUUCUUUCUUUUCUUUCUUUCUUUCUUUCUUUCUUUUUCACCCUUCUGUUUUCUUUUUCACCUUCUGUUUUCUUUCUUUUCCCUUUUUCACCCUUCUCUUUCUUUCUUUCUUUUUUUUUUCUUUCUUUUCACACUUCUGUUUUUUCCUUUUUCACCCUUUUCUUUUUCACACUUCCUUUCCUUUUCUUUCUUUCUUUCUUUCUUUCUUUCUUUCUUUUUUUCACACUUCUGUUUUCCUUUUUCUUUCCUUUUCUCGCCUUUUCUUUUUUCUUUUUCUUUCUUCUGUUUUCUUUCUUUUCUUUCUUUCUUUUUUUUUCCUUUUCUCCUUUUCUUUCUUUCUUUUUUUUCUUUCUUUUCUUUCUUUUUCUUUCUUUUUUCACACUUCUGUUUUCCUUUUUUCCUUUUUUCUUUCUUUCUUUCUUUCUUUCUUUCCACUUCUUUUUCCUUUUCCUUUCUUUCUUUCUUUCUUUUUCUUUCUUUCUUUUUCUUUCUUUUCUUUCUUUUUCACACUUCUUUCUUUUUUCCUUUUCUUUCCUUUCUCGCCUUUUCUUUUUCUUUCUUUCUUUCUUUUUCUUUCUUUUUUUUUUCCACUUCUGUUUUCCUUUUUCACCUUUCUCUUUCUUUCUUUCUUUUCCACUUCUGUUUUCCUUUUUUUCACCUUCUCUUUCUUUUUUUCUUUCUUUCUUUCUUUCUUUCUUUCUUUCUUUCUUUUCACACUUCUGUUUUCCUUUUUCACCCUUCUCGCCUUUCUUUCUUUCUUUCUUUCUUUCUUUCUUUUCACACUUCUGUUUUCCUUUUUCACCCUUUUCUUUUUUCUUUUCUUUUCUUUCUUUCUUUCUUUUCUUUCUUUCUUUCUUUUUCCUUUUUUCUUUCUUUCUUUCUUUCUUUCUUUCUUUCUUUUCUUCUGUUUUCCUUUUUCACCCUUGUCGCCUUUCUUUCUUUUUUUUUCUUUCUUUCUUUCUUUUUUCUUUCUUUCUUUCUUUCUUUUUUUCUUUUCCAUUUUUUCUUUCUUUCUUUCUUUCUUUCUUUCUUUCUUUACAUUUUCCCAUAUUCCACCGACAAUACUUUUCAUUACCUCAUCCAUUUCAUUAUCUUCGCUUGAGGAUCAAUCAGCACAAACAGAUGAUUCGAAUAAAAUCGUUAUAAAUAUCUAUCUCUCUAUUCAUUCUCUUUUUAAUAUCUAUCUAUCUAUCUAUCUAUCUAUCUAUCUAUCUAUCUAUCUAUCUGUUUGUUUGAUUGCUUCAUUUUACUCAUACAUAUCUAUCUCGCUCUCUUCAUAUCUAUUUAUCAUUUCCUUCUAUCUAUCUAUCUAUCUAUCUAUCUAUCUAUCUAUCUAUCUUAAUCUGUACAUAUCCAUCUCCGUCUGCUCAUAUCUAUCUAUCUAUCUAUCUAUCUAUCUAUCUAUCUAUCUAUCUAUCUAUCUAUCUGUUUGUUUGAUUGCUUCAUUUUACUCAUACAUAUCUAUCUCGCUCUGUUCAUAUCUAUUUAUCAUUUCCUUCUAUCUAUCUAUCUAUCUAUCUAUCUAUCUAUCUAUCUAUCUAUCUAUCUGUUUGUUUGAUUGCUUCAUUUUUACUCAUACAUAUCUAUCUCGCUCUGUUCAUAUCUAUUUAUAA